AUGAGUGAUUUACAUAUAAAUAAAUAUUUAAGUAAUAAAAAUGAAUUAAAUGGUAACGUGAAAAUUAAAAGUAGAUGUGAAGAUUUUAUAGUUAAAGAAGUUAGAGGAGAUAAUAGUAUUUGUGAAUAUAAAGAAAUCAUUGAUUUUGAUAAGUUUAUUUUGUCUAAAGAAUAUUAUGAUAAUUUUGAUUUUAAUAAAACUUACAAUAAAGAAGAAAGGAAAGAAUUUUAUGGUAAAAUUAAAUAUUUUCCACUUUAUACAUUUAAAGUUGAUGAAGAUAAAUUAAUACAGACAGAUGAAGAGGAUUUUUUUGAAUUUACACUUAUUAAAUGUAAUCUUAAUACAAGUGAUGCUGUAUCUAUUUUAUCAAGAGGUAUUGGUUGUUCUUUUAAUUAUAUUUCCUUUUCAGGAAACAAAGAUAAAAAAGCAAUAACUUAUCAAGAUUUUAGUGUUAAAACAAGUUUUAAAAAAAUAUUCAGCUAUAUUUUAUAUCUUAAUGAGACAUCAAGUUUAAAAGAUCAACACUUCAAAAGUAAAAAUGAUUUAAUCAUUAAAAGUAUACUAUGUGAUGAAAGUAUUAAGGAUUAUAUUAAUAAAAAUAUUAAUGUUGAUUUUGAUAGAACUGAAAAAAUUAUGAUUUCUGAUUUGAGAAGAGGUCGUAAUAUACAAAUGGGAUCACACCUUGGUAAUUAUUUCAUUAUUAAACUACAAAAUAUAACUAACUUUAAUAGAGCAACUAAUUUUCUUAAUUAUUUCCGAUAUCAAAGAUUUGGUAAACAUUUAAAUAAUCACCUAAUAGGAGAGGCAUUAUUAAAUCAAAAUUAUGAAGAAGCCAUAAAAUUAAUCAAAUCAGAUGAAAAUGAUGAUUCAAAAGUAAUUAGGUUUAUUAAUAAUAACAUUUCUAAACGACCAAAAGAAAUAUUCAGAAGAAUGGAUAGAAACCAUAAAAUGAUAUACUUUCAUGCUUAUCAAUCUUAUCUAUUUAAUAAGGAAAUUAAUGAAUUGGAAAUCAAAGAGGAAGAUUUUAAUAGAGAAUUGAAUUUAAAAAAAUUUAAUAGUAAAUUUUUAAAGGGAGGGAAAAGACAAAUAAUUGAAAAAAUUAGUAAUUUAAAAAUAAAUGAAACAGAAAAUACAGUAGAAUUUACAUUAAAUAAGUCAUGUUAUGCAACAAUAGCUUUAAGAGAAAUUGUUCAGAAUGAGAUUUAUGAAUAA